UCCACUUGACUUACGUGCGCCGCCACGUCAUCAAGGUGCGACCUCCACUUGACGGACGCCGCCACUUCCAAGAUGAAAACAUCACCGUCAGCGCCAAAGAAAUAACUUCAUGCAUCGACAAUCUUCAAACUAAAGUGACCGCUGGGGAAUUCAUCAUCCAGGUUUUAUUACCACGUCCAAGUGUCCAUGGCAGCCCCCAACUCAGCCGAGAGAAAAGCCUGCUGGGAAGCCAGGGAUUACUUGUGGAAGUGUCUUGAUGACAACAAGGACAACGCAUCAACAUGCCACAACUUCCAAGAAGAAUUUGAGGCUAAAUGCCCAGCUCAGUGGGUGAAAUACUUCAGCAAAAGAAGAGACUUCCUGAAAUACAAGCGGAAGAUGGAGACAGAGGGCUUCACUCCUGCUGAAGGCCCCAGGGGCCAGGCCUCCUAAGCAUACAGUAAACAUCACCAGGGGCCAGGCCUCCUAAGCAUACAGUAAACAUCACCAGGGGCCAGGCCUCCUAAGCAUACAGUAAACAUCACCAGGGGCCAGGCCUCCUAAGCAUACAGUAAACAUCACCAGGGGCCAGGCCUCCUAAGCAUACAGUAAACAUCACCAGGGGCCAGGCCUCCUAAGCAUACAGUAAACAUCACCAGGGGCCAGGCCUCCUAAGCAUACAGUAAACAUCACCAGGGGCCAGGCCUCCUAAGCAUACAGUAAACAUCACCAGGGGCCAGGCCUCCUAAGCAUACAGUAAACAUCACCAGGGGCCAGGCCUCCUAAGCAUACAGUAAACAUCACCAGGUGCCAGGCCUCCUAAGCAUACAGUAAACAUCACCAGGGGCCAGGCCUCCUAAGCAUACAGUAAACAUCACCAGGGGCCAGGCCUCCUAAGCAUACAGUAAACAUCACCAGGGGCCAGGCCUCCUAAGCAUACAGUAAACAUCACCAGGGACCAGGCCUCGUAAGCAUACAGUAAACAUCACCAGGGACCAGGCCUCGUAAGCAUACAGUAAACAUCACCAGGGGCCAGGCCUCCUAAGCAUACAGUAAACAUCACCAGGGGCCAGGCCUCCUAAGCAUACAGUAAACAUCACCAGGGGCCAGGCCUCCUAAGCAUACAGUAAACAUCACCAGGGGCCAGGCCUCCUAAGCAUACAGUAAACAUCACCAGGUGCCAGGCCUCCUAAGCAUACAGUAAACAUCACCAGGGGCCAGGCCUCCUAAGCAUACAGUAAACAUCACCAGGGGCCAGGCCUCCUAAGCAUACAGUAAACAUCACCAGGGACCAGGCCUCGUAAGCAUACAGUAAACAUCACCAGGGGCCAGGCCUCCUAAGCAUACAGUAAACAUCACCAGGGGCCAGGCCUCCUAAGCAUACAGUAAACAUCACCAGGGACCAGGCCUCGUAAGCAUACAGUAAACAUCACCAGGGGCCAGGCCUCCUAAGCAUACAGUAAACAUCACCAGGGGCCAGGCCUCCUAAGCAUACAGUAAACAUCACCAGGGGCCAGGCCUCCUAAGCAUACAGUAAACAUCACCAGGGGCCAGGCCUCCUAAGCAUACAGUAAACAUCACCAGGUGCCAGGCCUCCUAAGCAUACAGUAAACAUCACCAGGGGCCAGGCCUCCUAAGCAUACAGUAAACAUCACCAGGGGCCAGGCCUCCUAAGCAUACAGUAAACAUCACCAGGGACCAGGCCUCGUAAGCAUACAGUAAACAUCACCAGGGGCCAGGCCUCGUAAGCAUACAGUAAACAUCACCAGGGGCCAGGCCUCCUAAGCAUACAGUAAACAUCACCAGGGGCCAGGCCUCCUAAGCAUACAGUAAACAUCACCAGGGGCCAGGCCUCCUAAGCAUACAGUAAACAUCACCAGGGGCCAGGCCUCCUAAGCAUACAGUAAACAUCACCAGGGGCCAGGCCUCCUAAGCAUACAGUAAACAUCACCAGGGGCCAGGCCUCCUAAGCAUACAGUAAACAUCACCAGGGGCCAGGCCUCGUAAGCAUACAGUAAACAUCACCAGGGGCCAGGCCUCCUAAGCAUACAGUAAACAUCACCAGGGGCCAGGCCUCCUAAGCAUACAGUAAACAUCACCAGGGGCCAGGCCUCCUAAGCAUACAGUAAACAUCACCAGGGACCAGGCCUCGUAAGCAUACAGUAAACAUCACCAGGGGCCAGGCCUCCUAAGCAUACAGUAAACAUCACCAGGGGCCAGGCCUCCUAAGCAUACAGUAAACAUCACCAGGGGCCAGGCCUCCUAAGCAUACAGUAAACAUCACCAGGGGCCAGGCCUCCUAAGCAUACAGUAAACAUCACCAGGUGCCAGGCCUCCUAAGCAUACAGUAAACAUCACCAGGGGCCAGGCCUCCUAAGCAUACAGUAAACAUCACCAGGUGCCAGGCCUCCUAAGCAUACAGUAAACAUCACCAGGGGCCAGGCCUCCUAAGCAUACAGUAAACAUCACCAGGGGCCAGGCCUCCUAAGCAUACAGUAAACAUCACCAGGGACCAGGCCUCGUAAGCAUACAGUAAACAUCACCAGGGGCCAGGCCUCCUAAGCAUACAGUAAACAUCACCAGGGGCCAGGCCUCCUAAGCAUACAGUAAACAUCACCAGGGACCAGGCCUCGUAAGCAUACAGUAAACAUCACCAGGGGCCAGGCCUCCUAAGCAUACAGUAAACAUCACCAGGGGCCAGGCCUCCUAAGCAUACAGUAAACAUCACCAGGGGCCAGGCCUCCUAAGCAUACAGUAAACAUCACCAGGGGCCAGGCCUCCUAAGCAUACAGUAAACAUCACCAGGGCCCAGGCCUCCUAAGCAUACAGUAAACAUCACCAGGGGCCAGGCCUCCUAAGCAUACAGUAAACAUCACCAGGGACCAGGCCUCGUAAGCAUACAGUAAACAUCACCAGGGGCCAGGCCUCGUAAGCAUACAGUAAACAUCACCAGGGGCCAGGCCUCCUAAGCAUACAGUAAACAUCACCAGGGGCCAGGCCUCCUAAGCAUACAGUAAACAUCACCAGGGGCCAGGCCUCCUAAGCAUACAGUAAACAUCACCAGGGGCCAGGCCUCCUAAGCAUACAGUAAACAUCACCAGGGGCCAGGCCUCCUAAGCAUACAGUAAACAUCACCAGGGGCCAGGCCUCCUAAGCAUACAGUAAACAUCACCAGGGGCCAGGCCUCCUAAGCAUACAGUAAACAUCACCAGGGGCCAGGCCUCCUAAGCAUACAGUAAACAUCAUGUCAAACACAACAGCAGCAAGUUUUUUUGACAUAUUUGGGGCCUUAAGAACUUGUAAUCAGAGUGGUGUAUUCAUGAGAUGUAUUUCUAAAUAGUUACAAUAUAGUCACAUUGGAAAUGGGGUGUUUUGUAUUUAUUUUUUUAUCUUCAUCCUGCCGUAAUGGUUGAAAAUAUCGUUUUUCAACCUUUUCUGAGCUGAGGCACAUUUUUUCAUUGAAAAAAUCCCAAGGCACACAGACCACCAGCAGAAAACAUACACAAAUGAAACUCAGCAGCCCAUAUUGACAGUAAAAAGUUGUUGUUGCAAUUGUUGGAUAAAAAUUCCAAGCAUGCAUGGUUAUAGAUCUUGUCUGAAAGUAGGUGUACUGUCACCACCUGUCAAAUCACACACUGACUUAUUGUCUGAAAGUAGUGUACUGUCACCACCUGUCACAUCACACCCUGACUUAUUGUCUGAAAGUAGUGUACUGUCACCACCUGUCACAUCACACCCUGACUUAUUGUCUGAAAGUAGUGUACUGUCACCACCUGUCACAUCACACCCUGACUUAUUGUCUGAAAGUAGUGUACUGUCACCACCUGUCACAUCACACAAUGACUUAUUGUCUGAAAGUAGUGUACUGUCACCACCUGUCACAUCACACCCUGACUUAUUGUCUGAAAGUAGUGUACUGUCACCACCUGUCACAUCACACCCUGACUUAUUGUCUGAAAGUAGUGUACUGUCACCACCUGUCACAUCACACCCUGACUUAUUGUCUGAAAGUAGUGUACUGUCACCACCUGUCACAUCACACACUGACUUAUUGUCUGAAAGUAGUGUACUGUCACCACCUGUCACAUCACACAAUGACUUAUUGUCUGAAAGUAGUGUACUGUCACCACCUGUCACAUCACACACUGACUUAUUGUCUGAAAGUAGUGUACUGUCACCACCUGUCACAUCACACACUGACUUAUUGUCUGAAAGUAGUGUACUGUCACCACCUGUCACAUCACACCCUGACUUAUUGUCACUUUUUACACUUUAGAACUUUCACAGUAUCAUGUUAGACCCGCUCGACAUCCAUUGCUUUCGGUCCCCUAGAGGGGUGGGGGGGGGGGGGGGGGGUUGCCCACAUCUGAGGUCCUCUCCAAGGUUUCUCAUAGUCAGCAUUGUCACUGGCGUCCCACUGGAUGUGAAUUCUCCCUGCCCACUGGGUGUGAGUUUUCCUUGCCCUUUUGUGGGUUCUUCCAAGGAUGUUGUAGUCGUAAUGAUUUGUGCAGUCCUUUGAGACAUUUGUGAUUUGGGGCUAUAUAAAUAAACAUUGAUUGAUUGAUUGAUUAUGCUGUUUUCCUUUGUGUAGUAUUUUACUUCUUGUCUGGUGCUCCUAUUUUGUUGUUUAUUGUCACGUCAUGUACAAAUGUACAUUGUGGACGCCGUCUGCUCCACGCGAUGUAAGUCUUUGCUGUCAUCCAGCAUUCUGUUUUUGUUUACUUUGCAGCCUGUUCAGUUUUUGUUUGGUUUUCAUAGACAUCACUAAGCUUCAAUACCUUUUGUUUAUUUUUGGUUUAAGCAUUAAAUACCUUUUGACCUGCA